GCGGUUAAAUUGAGAGCGCAGCAAUUGGGGUACCGAUUACUUAGGGUUUUUCUGUUGCUUCUGAACUGCGAAGCUUCAUAUAUAUCGACUACUCCUUCUUCCGCCCAAGUCAUCGCCGCCCCCUCCAAUCACCACACAGCCGGUGCCCCACUCCCAGCACCACAUCACUGUCGCCUGCCUUCCAACAGCAAUCCGCCAUCGCCGCUCCCCUGAGUUGACGAAACAAGCGGUAGCCGCUGCUCGACGUGGACUAACCACUGCUCCUUCAGCCUCCCGCUCCUUCAGAAACAUAAACGGGCGAAGAUUAAGGCGCAGAUAGGGACUGCUUCUACUUACUCUUCGAGAAUCAGAACUAAUAUUCCUCUCUAUGAGCUCCCCCAGUCCAGUAUUGGAAUCUAAGGAUGGAAUUGUCACAUCAGAAGCCUCAUCACCACUUCUUAAAUCUAAUGACAAUUUGCCUAAGCAGUUUGACAUAAAGUUAGAGAAGCUAAAGAUUAUUGCCCAUCAACCCGUUAUUUUACCUAAUUGUCUUCUAGUACCUGAAGAGUUCAAGGCUGCUGAAUUGAUUUUUUGGAGUUUAGAUGCUUCUAUGGAGCAAAUCAUGAACAACAAUGGUAAACCUGUUUUGGUUACUAAUGAAAGGUCCAAUGAACUUUCUGUGAGGUAUGUUGUGUCUAGCUUUCUAUGAGGUAUGUGAUUAGAUGUAUCACAUUUGCUAAUUUAUUGAAAUUGAGUUGGCAUUUUUGAAAAUAUUCGGAUAUGUUUAUGCUUCAUUUUUUUGCUUAUGCUUCGUUUUUUGUUAAUACCUGUGCGUAUAUCACUUUCUAUGAUUUCUCUUUUAUAUGCUUAUGCUUCCUUUUUUUUGUUAUUAUGAGUGCGUAAACUGAUGCAGUCCCCAAGUGCCAUCCGGGACUGCUCAAGAAGUCAUCCAUCAAGAUAAUUCAGAGUCACACCCUUGUGUAUCUGAAAAUACUAAACCAGUUGAAGACAACAUGGCACCUGGUGUAGCUGGAACAUUUGACCAGACUAAACAAAAGGUGGAAAAGUGAACCUCUUAUGCACUCAUAAAAAAAGAAUGGCACUCAAUACAUGGACUGCAAGAAUCAUAAUGAGGUCAAAGCAGACUGCCAGAGCGUGUAACUUGAACACUGCUACUCGCUAGUGAUGUGAAGGUCAGAACUCGGACACAAUCAGAAGACUUACGGAGCAAUCUCGGAAUUGAGAGUUGAGACAUGUUUAAUUGUAUAAGUUCUAAAAUUAGACAUGUACCCUUUAUUUAGAUUUACUUUAAUUUUUUUUAUUUCACUAUUGGUUUUGUAAACAAGUUCUAGCUAAAUUAAUUUUUAGUUUGUUUUAAACUUGUAUGGUGUUCAUGGCACUUUAUCAGAUUCUAUCCUAAUUUCAACGUGAGAUUGGAAAUGAAUUGUGCACGAUAUGCUUUGGUGUAAAA